AUGGAACAUGUAAAUACAACAAAUACAAGACAACAGCAACAACAACAGCAGCAACUGCAGCAACAUCAACUGGAACAGCAGCAACAACAUAAUGAAAAUCAACAACAAUUUUGUCUGCGAUGGCAUAAUCAUCAGACCAGUUUGCUGAGCACCCUGCCCAUACUGCUGGAUCAAUCGCAUCUCACAGAUGUCACCAUAUCGGCGGAGGGUCGUCUGCUGCGUGCCCAUCGUGUAGUGCUCAGCGCCUGCAGCAGCUUCUUCAUGGAGAUCUUUCGCGCUCUGGAGGCCAGCAAUCAUCCGGUCAUCAUCAUACCCGGCGCCAGUUUUGGCGCUAUUGUCGCCCUGCUCACGUUCAUGUACUCGGGCGAGGUGAAUGUCUAUGAGGAACAGAUACCCGUGCUCCUCAAUCUGGCCGAAACUUUGGGCAUCAAGGGUUUGGCGGAUGUGCAGAAUAAUAAUCUACCCAAGCCAGCCAAGAGCGCUCCCAGCACCACUCCCACCACCUACAACACGGAGCCAACGGGUGGCGAGAAGCCGCUGGGAUUUGAGACAGCCCGGACGCCAUCGCCCGCUGCCACGCCCACAACAACGCCCAGUCUGGCAAUGCCGCAGCUGCCGAAUCCGUCGCUGCAAACACCGCUCCUGGCCAAUAAGCUGGGCACACCCCUGGAGAACUUUUUUCUUAAGUCGCUGCAAUUCUAUCCGAAUCUGUUGCCGCAACCCUUGAACUUCUCGCAGACGGCGCUGAAUAAGACCACAGAGCUGCUGGCCAAGUAUCAGCAGCAAUGUCAGCUCUAUCAGAGCAGCCUCGAGGAAGAGGAUUGCUACGGCUCCAAGCGACUGCGCACUGGCAGUGUGCCGGGCUCAAGCAAUCUAAAUAACUCAACGGCCCCAAAGGAUGUCAAGCGUUUGGACAAAAUUGUCGAGAAUCUGAGAAGCAGCAGCAGCAACAAGUCGCCAAUGGAAUGUGGAGCAGCGAAUUCGAUUGUGGCUACCUCACCGGUAACAUUGGCACCACAGACCAUGUCACACUUCUCACCGCAGCUGCCCGUCGUGAAGUCAUCGCCCAGCUACAGCAAUCCAUUGGGCGGUGGGCACUUGUACAGCAGCGCCAAGCUGCCGAGUUAUAGUGCCGCUGCCACGCCCACAACAGCACAGCAGGCAUCCCACCAGGCAUCACAUCUGGCCAGUCCACCCUACAUAACACCCGAGGAUCAUGUGAAGCUGCAGCAGCACAUCGAACAAUACGCGGCAUGCCAGCGCGAGGCAGCAGCAGCUGCCGCAGCUGGACAGCUGAUCAGUGCCAAAUCUGAACCGAACUUGCUGUCACUCAGCGCCGAGAAGUUGCCGACGCCCAGCAAGCCGCCAUCGAACUCCAAGCUGUAUGCCACAUGCUUCAUAUGCCACAAGCAGCUGAGCAAUCAAUACAAUUUGCGUGUCCACCUCGAGACUCAUCAGAAUGUGCGCUAUGCGUGCAACGUGUGCUCGCACGUGUCCCGCAGCAAGGAUGCGCUACGCAAGCACGUCAGCUAUCGUCAUCCAGGUGCGCCGUCACCCUGCGAAAAUGAGGCACGACGCAAACGCAUCACAAAACUGGCGGCACAGUCGAGCACAGGAACUGCACCAUCGGCAACUGCAACUAGUGGCGAUGUUGUUGCCAGCGAGGCAGCAGGCACUGCAUCUGGUUCGGGUUCGGGGUCGGGCUCGAGCUCUGUUGGGCUGUCGAAUAAUCCUUACCUGUUUCUACCCAAUCAGUUUCAGUUGGCUGCCGCUGCGGCUGCUGUUGCCGUUGCCGAGUCAAACACAGCACCAGCCUUGGAUUUGGCGCACGAAGCGCCCGUGUCCUUGAAGAGUGUAACGCCAGUGGGCAGAAAUGGUGAAGCAGGCAGCAGCGAGACGAGCACAUCGGCCCUAUAAGCAGAGAUUUAAUUACACCUCAAAACACACACAAACACGUACACACACACACAACAAACAAGCAAACAAACAAAUAUGCUCUCACGUGAAUUAAUCCCCACCGCAUAACGGACCAACGUCUUAGACCCGGCUGUGAUACUUAGCGCAAUUCGUCGUUUUUAUUUUCUAUUUAAUUUAAAUUUAAUUCUCACUUGUUAAUUUUAGCGCCAUUUGUUAGAGUUUCGCAUUCACUUAUCGAUACGUCGCUUCGAUAAGUCGCGAGAGGUGGCAACUCAACCGUCACCGUUCUGUGAGUGACAUGAGCAAAACAGUUUUAGUAGCACUGAGUGCACUCAAGCUAUCCCAAACUGUAACUGCGAGGCUUUCAAAAUACCUUCUGCAAAACCAAACACAACUCACACACAUAUACACACACACACACGCCUACACAUUCUAAUAAAUUAAGAGCAAUUUUUAUAAAUAUUAUAAUUAUACACAAGAAAAAAAACACACACGCACACA